ACGGGGCAGUGUGACCGGUCCUGACCGGGUCGGGUCAGGGCGGGGACGGCCGGCAGACGGCGGCGCGCUGUGGGUCGGCCGUGGCUCCGAUUCAUAAUGCAGUCGUGCCGGGCGGUGAGUCCGGUGUGUGCCGGCCGUUGCCACAGAGACGGGUGCCGGUCGAUGUUCGGCGGUGGGCGGCGCGCCAGUCGCGCGCGCCGGGCCGGCCGCCCGCCACCGCGCGCCGCAUGAGCCGGCUGUGGGAGCGGCUGCGCCGCCGUCCGGAGCUCGUCACUGUCUGCCUGGAGCCGCCGCCGCCAGCCGCGCCAGAUGCGAGUCCGGGCGUGCCGGUAGCGGAGCGGGAGGUGGAGCCUGUAAUGGAACCGCUGUCCCGACCUCUGCCAGACAGCCUCACCUGCCCAUCCUGCAAAGUUACGGUGCCGGUGACGGGCGCCCGGGUGCGCCAGAUUUGUCAGUACUGCGGUAACUUCUACAACGCCGAGGCCAACGCCAAUGUCGCUCUCCGACGGCCCCAGAACGGCGGCGUUUCGCUCCCCCUCAUCGCGCAGGUGGGGCGCGGCCCCACGGCCAUCAGCGCUGCCCUGCUCUCCCACCUCGGCGUCAACCUGUCACCGCUGGCCAUGGCCAGUGUCAUCUACACCCCCGCACUGCCACCCAUUCCGACCACCCCGCCGCGCACCUCCAGCAGCCGUCUCAGCACGGCCAACUCGAUCCGCUCGUCGCGCAGCAUCGAGUCGCUGCUCAGCUCGUCAACAGGCAGCCAGAGCCUGCGCCGACCAGUCUACCCGGUUCACCAGAAGCGCCGCGAGGAGUUCCUGACGGACGUGCAGAAGGCUCGGGAAAGCGACAAUUACGCCGACAUAUCCGUCUACCUGCGGACUAUCUUCGAAAGUUUCGCCGACAUUUGUGCCGCUUUCAAGGAGGAUCCAGAGCGGGACGGGGCCAAUGUGGACAGCCCCGAACUGAAGAUGGAGUUUCUGUACGCCGUCCAUGACGCCCUGCAGUCGAUGCCGUCCAUUGUGCAGAAAUCUGUUCUCAAGUCAAUCAUCAACUCUCUUCUUCAAGAAAAGAGAAGGCUGUUUCACAAGGACGAGGUGCGAGCGCUGUUCAUCCUGGUGCAGUCGCCGCUGUUCGCGCCACAGAGCUCGUACACGGUGUUUGCGCACCUGCUGAGGCAGCUGACCACGCUCUCCAACGGCGACCACCAGAUCCUGAUGCGCUGGUUCAGAUGUCUGGAGGCGAAGCGCCUGAAGAUGAUCGUCUCGCACAUCAUCCAGUUCAUCACGAUCCGUCAGUUCCCGCCGGCGGACGCGUCUCUGCCGCCGCUCAACAAGUCGCGCUGGUGGAUCCCCACCGCCAUCAAAGUGCUGGCGCUCAUCAACGCGGCCAACAACGCUGCCAGUCCGGCGCUGAUCUCGUACACCGAGUUCUACAACCACGCGCUGGACCACGUGGACCUGAUGCAGGAGUACGCCAACUGGCAGACGCCCGACCGGCCCGACCGCUUCUCUUACUGCCAGUACCCGUUCAUACUCAGCAUCGUGGCCAAGCGCACCAUCCUCACAAAGGACUCUGAGCAGCAGAUGAUUCUGACGGCGCGCCGGUCGCUCGUGGCCAAGGUGUCGCGCCACCAGCCACCGCAGAUCGACGUCUUCUUCCUCAACAUCCACGUCAGGAGAUCGCGGCUCCUGGAGGACUCGCUCAAAGAGAUCGCUAACAAGCAGCGCGACCUCAAGAAGAAGCUGAAGGUCACCUUCUCGGGCGAGCCGGGCCUCGACAUGGGCGGCCUCACCAAGGAGUGGUUCAUGCUCAUCAUUCGUAAGGUGUUCGACUCCAGCUACGGGAUGUUCGUGUACCACAACAAGUCUCGCUGCUACUGGUUCUCGACGACCCACUCGGGCUCGCUGAGAGAGUAUAACCUGAUCGGGGUGCUGAUGGGACUGGCCGUCUACAACGGCAUCAUCCUCGACCUGCGCUUCCCGCACAUCUGCUACAAGAAGCUACUGAGCCCGCCCGUGGUGCCCACCAUGGAGCACGUGGCCGUGGGCAUCGCCAAACACCCCACACUAGAAGACCUGGCCCAGAUCAUGCCGGAGGUAGCAAGAGGCCUGAAGGAGCUACUGGCCUACGAGGGUAACGUCGAGGAGGACCUGUGCCUCAACUUCCACGUCUCGAUCGAGGAGUUUGGGAAGGUGAUCACGGUGAACCUGCGAGAGAACGGCGAGGAGGUUCCGGUGACCAACGAGAACCGGGACGAGUACGUGCGUCUCUACCUGGACUGGAUCCUCAACACGGCCAUCUACGAGCAGGUGCGCGCCUUCUACCUCGGCUUCCACACGCUCGGCGCCUCCAACGCCCUGCUGAUGUUUCGGCCGGAGGAGGUGGAGAUGGUGGUCUGCGGCUGUCCCACCAUCAACCUGUCAGAGCUGAAAAAGGUCACCGAGUACGACGGCUACACACCCAACCACGAGGUCAUACAGAACCUGUGGGCGACACUGGAGGAGUUCAGCACCGAAGACAAGAAGCGGUUCCUGCUGUUCGUCACGGGCAGCGACCGUGUGCCCGUGGGCGGCAUGGGCGAAAUGACCUUCAAGGUGAGCCUGUACCCGAACAAGGAGGAGAUGCUGCCGCUGGCACACACCUGCUUCAACCAGCUGGUGCUGCCGGCCUACCGCGACCGCGCCACGCUCAAACAGAAACUCUCCGUGGCCAUCUGCAACGCCGAGGGGUUCGGCCUGGAGUGAGGUGGUGCGGCGGACUGGCGCCCCGGACGGCGCUGGGGACUCGAGUCGUAUGGAGACGGAUGCGGCCAUGCGUGAGGCCGGAAGAUGUCGAAUGCCGCCCGCCUUACCCUGUGUGAAGGUCGGGGUUACCUUUAUCUCACGGCCCGGUUCGGCCGGUUAUCGUCUGUGAUAUGUGCUGCGUGUGCGGUGCCGGCACGGCCCGGUUCUGAGUGGAUGCAAUCUAUUUUCUAAUGCCGGUAACGCUUCGGUGCUCCAACUGUUCAUGUAUGCAAGGUCAGAGCACACCGUCCGUGUCCAUAUGGUGAACUCUAACGCACUGUGGAUUGUACCAUGUUCCCACUAAAUAUCAUAACAAUUUA